UCUUCACAAUACAAUUGAAGGUGAGGAACCGAGUCAACCUAUGUGACCAACCUUCAUAGUUGCAUCAACAAACAACAUUAACACCAUUACAUAGUAUCUUGUCUUUUUUGUUUGCCGCAUAAACAACAAAGUAAACAUGAAAAAGAAACAAUCUUUGCGUACCAAAGCCACCAACUUUGUCUCUGUCCUUCUCAACCCCAUCUCUGAUCCUGAUUCUCAUCAACCCUCAAAACACCCUCCAACUUCUUCAGAAGGAGUAGGUGAAUUAAAAAAAAGUGAUGAAGAGGGUAAUAAUAGUAAUCAUGAUUUAGUUGAUAAUGGCCCUGAUACUUCAUCUUUCACUGCAUUUCUCUAUUCUUUAUUGUCUUCUUCAGACUCUAAAGAGAAUGAUAACUCAAAUGGACAUAAUGAUGAUAAAGGUGAACCUAAUAAUAAUAAUAUUAAUAAUAAUAAUAAUAAUCAUAAUAGCCCUUUAGUUGAUUCAUCUGUUGAGGAAAAUGGUGGUAGGAAAAGUUUGUUUUCUAGAAGUAAGCAAUCAGUUGGUAGAGUUAUUCGCCGAGCUGUAAGAAUCCGUGGAUUUCGCCAUCACGAUCGGAAGGAUAGUAAUAAUAAUCUUGAGGUGAAACUUGAAGAUAGGAGGAAAGAAUCACCGCCUGUGAAAGAGUCAAUGCCUGUGGCUUUGGAUGAUUUGCCUGGAAUUUCUGAACCUUCGGUUCUUGUUUCGGAAAGUAUAAGGACUGUUCUUUACGCUUCUCUUCCGCCGCUUAUGCAUGGAAGAAGAUGGCUGUUGCUAUACAGCACUUGGAGGAAUGGUAUAUCGCUUUCAACUCUUUACCGGAGAAGCAUGCUUUGGCCUGGAUUGAGUUUGCUGGUUGUUGGAGAUAAAAAAGGAGCUGUGUUUGGCAGCUUGGUUGAAACACCUCUCAAACCAUCCAACAAGAGAAAAUAUCAGGGAACAAACAGUACUUAUGUUUUCACAAAUAUCUCUGGUCAUCCUAUCAUAUAUCGUCCAACAGGGGUAAACCGUUAUUUCACACUUUGCAACACUGACUACAUAGCAAUUGGCGGGGGAGGUCAUUUUGCGCUUUAUCUGGACGGUGAUCUAUUGAAUGGCUCGAGUUCGGUAUCAGAAACUUUCGGGAAUCCUUGCCUUGCAAAUUCUCAGGACUUUGAAGUGAAGGAAGUAGAGUUGUGGGGCUUUGUACAAACUUCAAGAUAUGAGGAAAUGCUUGCAUUGAGCAAAACGGAGAUGCCAGGAAUCUGUCGUUGGUAAACAUCUCUGAAUAUUUACCUGAUGUAAAUCUAACAGCCUGCAGUCGGCAUUUUAUGGAACGGUCACUUCUUCCUGAGCGAGCAAUGCAAUGAUCACGAAGAAAUUUUCAUGUAUCUAAUUAUGUUCCACUAGCAAACAUAUCUGUAAAUAUUUGCAUAGCCUAUGUAUAUUAUAAUCUAUGCACAUUUUUGCUUAAUGUUGUACACAACAAAAAGUGGAGCAGGUUUAAUUGUUUUUGCAAUUUCAAAAGCUAAUGAUGGACAGGUUGUAUUUGUCGUCUAUAGAAACUUUUUGUUGGCGUCUUAUAUAUCAUAUUUUAAUACAAUUCCGAUCUCUCCUGCAUAAUAGAGAGGAUUCAUG